CUGAACAGACGCCCGUGUCGCUAAAUCACGCCUGAAACAGUCAAUUUUGAGUCAAACAAGUCAAUUCGAACCUUCCAUUUUAUAUUAUUCAUGUCAGAGUGAGUUUGAGUCGGGUAUGAGUGAGUCGCAGCGAAAGCCGGUUAGUUAGGGGUGGGCUGAGUAUUACGUAAUAGUUCCGGGUAAAAUCAAUACCGGGCGAAUAAAUAGAGGCGUCGAGGACAGCUGGCGAGCAGCCAGUCAUGGAACCCGCGAGGAUGCGUAAGCCGCGGCGGCACCGCUGGCUCACCUUAUCGGUGUUCUUCAUCGCCUACUCCGUGUUCCAAGCCGUGGUGGGCACGCCAUCCGAGCCCGCAGACAAGGCUGGCGUUACUCCAGACAUCAAAGUGACUCCCUCAGCGCUGGGCACUACUAAACUGGAAGAUCAACAACCAAUACCAAGUGUACAAACCAAGGAAGAGGUGUCUGCAGCCGCUGGAGGAAAAAAAGCGAUGAAAGGACUCGAAGAAGAGGAAGAUGAAGGAGAGAAGAAGAAACAGAAAGACGCUGGCUACGUAGACGAUAAAGAAACAGAAGAGAUUCGCACAGAAGAGAAGCAGGAAGAGUUAGACGAAUCUAUUCCCACUGUUCACCCGCUCAGGAACUGCACCCCACCUGCCAUAGAACAGUUUCCCCGGCCGCUGAUGGGUCAGACGGUGAGGAAACAUGGCGGCCUCAUCCUGCACGUCCUGGUGGCCGCGUUCACCUUCAUCGGACUCGCGAUCGUCUGUGAUGAAUACUUCGUCUCUAGCUUAGAUCGCAUCUGUGAGGAGUUGAAGCUGACUCCAGACGUAGCUGGUGCUACUUUCAUGGCCGCCGGAAGCUCAGCACCAGAGCUGGCCACGGUGGUCAUUGGAGUCUUCUGUGCGCAAGAUGACAUCGGGGUGUCGGGUGUGAUCGGAUCAGCUGUGUUCAACAUUAUGUUCGUCAUAUCGGUGUGCGCGCUCUGCGCCGGCACCGUGUCUCACCUCAACUGGUGGCCACUAUGCCGGGACUGCUUCUUCUACGCCAUCUCAAUCCUGGUGAUGCUGUGCACCAUCGCCAAUAACUACGUUUCAUGGCCCGAGGCGCUGUUUAUGUUGAUAAUGUACGGAGUGUACUGCGUGGCGCUGCGGUUCAACACGGAGCUGGAGCGCUGGGUGCUCACCUGGCCACUGCCCUUCAAGCUGCCGACACGAGAGGAGCAGGCCGCGCUCGUCACCUACAAAAGUGGAGUACCUGCAGCCGUGGCUGCAGCCUCCGCACCCUACGCUAACGUCGAAGGUCAGAAUAAUGAGUCACCAACGGAACCACCAGCGUACAACCCUCAAGGCGCGUACGACAAUGCGGCGUACAACGCGGAACCGGCGCCCGUCUGGGAUCCCAACUCUACUUGGGACCCGAACAAUGCCUGGGAAGAAACCACUCUGCAACAGGCCGGGCCUACUCCAGUAUACAACCAGAACAUCCAGAACACCCAGAACACAUCACAGACCCAGAACGUCCAGAGCCCGCAGACGCCUGGACAAGCAGAGCAGCAGAAAACACAACAGGCUCCACUACCGCCAGCAUAUUACAAAGCAAAGGAAUACAACCCAGAGACAGCCAUCGAUCCUCUCGUCAAACCUAUUGGAGCAAAUCAUUUCCAGCUCUUCUACUGGUACAUCGCGUUCCCAGUACACUGGUCCUGCCGCCACACCAUGCCGGACUGCCGCGGUCGCUGGUACCCCGUCACCUUCGUCAUCUCCAUGCUCUGGAUCUCCUUCUACUCCUACUUCAUGGUUUGGAUGAUCACUGUCAUCGGUUACACCCUGGGUAUACCGGACACGGUGAUGGGUCUAACCUUCGUGGCAGCUGGAGUAUCAGUGCCUGACGCUCUAUCUUCUCUGGCUGUCAUUAAGGAAGGGUAUGGUGACAUGGCGGUGUCCAACGCUGUGGGCUCCAACGUGUUUGAUAUCCUGGUAUGCCUGGGCUUGCCCUGGUUCAUCCAGACGGCCAUCAUACACCCGGGCAGUCACGUCAACGUCAUCAGCAAAGGACUGAUAUACUCAACGCUGUCACUAUUCUCCACUGUUAUAUUUUUGGUGCUGGCAACCCAUGCCAACGGUUGGAAGCUCGAUAGGAAAUUUGGUGCAGUGCUUAUGGUAUGGUAUUUGCUGUUCAUCACACUGGCAAGCUUGUACGAGCUCAAUGUGUUCGGAAUAUUCCACCCCCCGGACUGCGACUCAAUUUAUUAGACUAGUAAUACUACAUCUGUGGUAUCUAUUUGUUUUAUUUAUCUACUUCACUACUACGACAAGGAUCUUACUGAAUGUACCUAAUGUGCAAACAUGUAAAAAUUGUCCUUAUCUUUGGUCAAUUAUAUAAUUAUUUAUAUUUUGCGUGAUAAUGGUUAUUUUUACCACAGGUUUUGUAUGUAGAUUGUAUUUACCUAGAAUAUACUAAAGUUAUGGAGUUCGUUCACUGUAUGUGAUAGUGAAAUCUGUCAAAAGUGACGUUGACGAGAUGGCGCACCUAUUUCAAAUUCGAUAUUAUGUUCAUAAAAGAAGGCCAUUUAUGAGUUUCGCAAUGCUCUACAAUUCCCCAACCUAUUUAAUUAAUUUUUUUAAUGCCAUCAUUUGAAAGUUAUCAGUUCCAGUACUUAGUUACCCAACGAUACCGGUUAUUAAAUUUUUAAAACUAAAUCAAAUACGAAAUUACAGUAAUAAUAGUUAUAUUAUAAUUAUGCAGAUUUUGGGUAUAUUACUUACUGUUGGUACUCAUAGUUAAAAAACGUUGUGUGUUGUUGUUGAACGAUCACUCGUUUAAAGUGAUCAAAACUCAAAAAUUGCCUUCCAGUUUCUAGUCGGACUCCAAAAUAUAUUCGUACAAAAUUUUUAGAUAGGUAGUUAUAUAGAAGGAAAACGUCGAGAAUUAGUUCAAUGAACUUUUUUGUUAGUAUCUGUUGUUAUUUUGUUGUAUCGAUUUAGAAAAAAGGUGUGUACUUAUGCAUGCACGAAAGAUGUUAUACUUCUUUGGCCUAUCCAAGCAAAAGUCAUUAAAAUUAUUUAUUCCUCGUGUUAUUCUACGUUUUAAGAAAGAACAAUUUUGUAAAAAUCUUGCAAGGAUGGCUUUGACAAUUAAUAUUAAAUAUUGAAUACGGCUGUAUGUGCUUGAGCCCUUUGCCUGUACUAAUAAUGGACGAAGAAACCAAAAAAAUUACGAAUGACGCAAACGUCAGAAAAUUUUAGAAACCAACUUCAAGUUUCAACCUGUUACUAUUGUGUUAAGCGCGCGCAAAUUUAACUCACAUCAUUUUUUCAUAACGCGCCUAAAGAAGUAUAACUUCAUAAAAACAAACAAAGUACCUAUUCAAUAACGUUAUUUCUAGUAAAUUUAACAUUCUAAUGAUCUGGACUUAGUCGUACAGUUACGGCUUACCCUUACUUAUCUAUAAACAAUUAAACAAGUAGACAUUGUUUAUAUAAUAAACAAUUACACAAGGUUAAAUACGCGCUUUUUAUAAGGCACCUAAAUCAUAUCAUCCUGGAAGCACCGCGUAAGGAAUCUCAUUCCGUAGUUUGUUUGAAGUUGUUUUAAGUUUGUGUUUAACAUAUUUUGUAUGGCUCUUGUUUUGUUUUCUUUAUUGUUGUUUAAAUAUUUAUUUACAUAAGACAUGUGUGUACAAUAUUAUAAUAAUUAUUUAUCGUAAUAAUACCUUGUGAGUGAUGGACAAGCAAGCUGUACACGUGAUUAAAUAUCGCGUAAUCGUAUGGUCAAUGUGCACGUUGGCGUGUUUACGAAAUUACUUAGAUAAUUUGUACGUCUAGAUAUAGCCUCUUGGUGCUAGACAACCGAUAAAAACAGGUCAGGAAUAUUAGUUUAGUGUGAGUGUCACUGAAUGACAAGCUACGUCUUACACUCGCGAUUUAUAUAUGACUUUGUGUCAAGUGUCAACUGUCAUCCUCAAAUAUUUACGACAUAUCCAUACUAUCUAGAUGUAUAAAUGAUAUAAGUGAAAUUAGUUCUGCAGUAUUAGACCAGAAGGUGCACAAAACGUAAUACGGACCUAUGUGUUGGUAGAUACGUUUUUAAUAUCAAUGUGGUGUUUGGAUAUAUUUUUGAUGCUGGACCAAAAUAGAAAAAAAAGCAAUUUUAUGGUUUAACGAAACCACGAUGCAUGUGAAGUUUUAUUCACAAUAUAACAUAUUUAUAUAAGCAUAGACAAAAAAAAUAUGUGUGCAAUUCACACGUGGUAGAAGUGAAACCUUCAAAAAUUUUAGCUUCAAUAAUUGUAGGUAGGGUAAGUCCUAGUACAUGUUGCUAGGAUGACACAUGAUUCCAACCGCUAUGAAAGACAUUACUAUAACCGCUACUAUAUUUAUGUUCUCCUAGUAUCUAUGUCGACGAGCACAUGACGUCAGAAUAUAUUAAUGUUUCGCUGAAUCCUAUACAUUUCCUAUACAUCUGUUUGUGUCUCUAUCGUCUCGCUUUUUCGUUUCAUCGAGUUGCAAAUCACAACGAUUCUAAAGAAGUUUCACUUGAAAAAUCAAAUUUACAAAUUAUGAUUUAUAUAUUCAUAAAAUAAAGAUAUGUAAUAAAACACCUUUGUCAGGUGUGGGCUUCGAACCUACUCUACCUCUCGGGAACCAAAGCUUAAAUCUGGCACCUUAGAUACGAGCCAAAAUUUUAGGCGAUAUAAUAAAAGUCUCACUUUAAAAUACGCGGCUACAGUCACUACGGUGCUCCGUAGCGAAAUAUGAUAAAAAAGUUAAGGGCAUCAAAAAUUUUAUGAAAUUGUUUGAACACUUUUGGCAAUGCUCUUGUGAUUCCUCUAUUGUUAUAAAGGUGACAUGAUCUCGAUGAUCAUAUGUGUGCGCCGGGGUGAUGAAAUAUCGUUAGGGGACCCGCGUGUAAGUUCCUAUGUCCUCCUAUAAUAUUCAUAACGAAAUUUACCCGUUUGUCCUGAACAGACAAACGCCUCUUUCAAAUUAUUUACAGUUAGUCCUCUUUCUUUCCUCUGAUGCUGUCGACCAUACGUUGAUGUAACUUCUUUAAAUUUUUGUCCUAUCUCGUAUAUCGACUCCUACGAUUUUUUUUUGUAGAUAGGAUACCAAUUAAUUCAAGUAUUACUCCAUAAAUCAACUCCCCUUUAUGUGUGUCCUGUUUAUCUCCAAUUAAUGUUCUUUCCAAGAUAACAAUAAUGAACGAUCGGUCCCAAUCUUCCCAUCAAUCUGUGCAAAAACCAGAGUUUGAGCAGACCCUUACCGCUUAUUAGGACCUUCUGUUACAUUCUGUCUGUCUGUUACAUUCAAUCUCCGAACUUUACAGGAACGAUUUUCAGUUUAGUAUUUAAUCGCAAAUUGGAGCGAUGACGGCUUAUGAGCUUUGUAAUGUUAUAUCGAGAAGGAAGACAUGAGUAACGGAUCAGUUGAAACAAAGUUAGAGUCUUUAUUACUCAUAUUAAAUGAAGUAAUUUAAUUUCAUUACAUAUUUUGCGGUCUAAUCAGUGCUACUGUUUAUGUAAUCCUAGUGAUACUUUUAAAAGUGGAUCGACCAUGGAUCGUGGGGUCUACCAUCAAUUAAGCCCCAAUCCUGUCCACAGAUGGUUUCAUAUAUAAAAGAUUACAACUACGUUUGGGAUUUAUAUCUAUGUGUAUAAUAAUAUAUUUUCUAUCGCUUAUUUAUUGUUUGAACUGGUUGAAGAGAGAUAAAAAAAGUAGAAAUAGCUUUAAAAUAUGAAAUUAUGUUAAUUAUUAUGUAGUCUUUGUUGUGUUUUGUGAGAUUGAUGUACAUUUGUUAAUUCUUCACUCUAGUAGUAAGGUGAUAUGUAAAGGCGUGAUUUGUAACAAAAUAUUAUAAACGGCUUUAAAUAAUAUAUCUGUAGUUAUAGCGUUGGUAGACUUUAGAGGCACGGUGGAGGACUGUGCAGGUUUCCAGAAGCAAAGACUUGACAACAUAUUUAAAUCAUGGUGGAAUUAAUUACUAUUGAUUUUGCUCUGAAUAAUCUUUCCACUGCAGACUGCCAAACACAUUUUAGAUUGGAUUUAAGUCUAUCUAUAACAAUAAGGUCUCUUUCAGGCUUUCAGUGGAUCAAAUCAGAAACACAAAAUACCUAUUACUAAACUGAUUUACAAACAAAAGUAUAUAAAAGUAGGUAAGUACUUAGAAUAUAUAAAGAUUCUUUUAAACUCUUACACUCAGUGCAUGUUGCGUUAACUUUAAAGUCAGUAUCAGAAAAAUAUUACUUAUGUUAAUGUUAUAUUAAGGCGAAGGGUAAGCAGAAAACACGCAAACAAGGUGUUUUAGACAAGUUUUGUGGUGAAAAUAUAGCACUUGGAGCUAUGAACACUACUUCAUCAUGUUACACAUACCCUUAAGUCUUAUUUGUAGGUUGGCAAUUUUUGCUGUUGGUAAUAGUUAACACUCCAGAGCUAUUUUAAUCUACCACUUUUCUUUGCAGUUAAACAAGUUUUUUCUCGGCAUGACGCAUUUGUUUAGUACGACUCUCAGAGAAGUUAUUCUUAUAGCUUGUACUUUUUUUAAGUAAUCAAUAGUGAGAAUUGUAAGCAUAUAAACUGUUUGCGCCUGUUAAAAUAUUAUGUAUUCUACGCAAGAAUUUCGAAAAUAUAGGCUUUGAUACAUAGAUGGCGGGCCGACAGCCGUGAGCUCAUAUCGCUCAAGGUCGCUGGCGUUUAGUGCCGCCUUAAAAGCAAAAUUAUUUCAAUGAUUGCAGGUUUACAAACAGUAAUGUUUAAGUACAAAAUAUUAAAAAAUCUAGUACUGAAGUUAUGAAUUGUCACCUCUAGGUACUUUACUACUAUUAACCACUUUACUGGCAGCUGUCAAAGUGCCUGUUUGAUAUUCGCCAUUUUGGCGCUGUUGGCUAUAGCGAGAGUCUGCGGUACUAAAACUAAUGAUGACGACCUCAGCUAAACAAACAUCGAUAGAUGGUGGGAAACUAUUUACAAAAAAAAAAUAUGUACUUUAUUACAUUGAUUCCUGAAGUAUAAAGAACAUGGAAAACGAACGAAAUUAAUUAAAACUGCAAAAAUACUUCAGAGUACUGUACGCUUCUCUCGCAGCGUAUUAUAUUGCGUCAAAAUUAGUUUUCUGGACGCUCACGGGUGUCGCUUCAAAUAGGCACAAAAAAAUCUGUCAAACAUAUGGAACAGCCUGCCCAGUGGUAUUUACUAUUUAUGCAGGUCAGUGGUUGACACCGACCACUAUGAUCGCAACGUUUCUUGCUAGCAAGAUUUUGAGUAGAUGUAGAAGAAACCUAUACUUAGCUCAAACCUAAAAUAGCUUUAAAUUCUAAAUGACCAAUAGUUCGUUAUUUGUAAAUAAAGUCCUAAGUAGGUAUCUGUUUCAGUUAGAAUGUUGAAUGUAAAGAAAGUGAAUCGUAGAGUCGCAUGAACUCAAAAUUGUAUUAAAUUCCGCGUCUUAAUACUUAAUCUAUGAUCAACAGUAGAUAGGUACUGUGUACAACCCUAUCACAGUAGUCACAGAUGGAUUUAGUACCUUCCUACGUAUCUUACCUUACCUAUCUUAUACUUCUCUAAAUAGAAUCCUAAAAAUCGAACUAUCUACCAGGCUAGGGAAACUCUAAGAAAAAAGCGAUUCACUCGAUUACAAGAAUUGUGCAGUCAGUAACAUGUUGACAGAUGACGGCUAUAAUCUUGUCAAAAACGGAGAUCCGAAAUUCACUACGUUUUAUGCAACCGUUCGCUUUAAUUUAGCCGCACUAUACUUCGUGGCCAGCGAUAAUGUAAUUACUACCAUUUCAAACUUACCUCUGUCAAAUGACUGCACCACUUCCCUAUAUAUUAUUAUACUCUUUGGACUGCACGUUUCAUACUAAACUUAAUUUCAUGUUUUACUUAGGCAGUCCCAACUCUUCUUACGCAGUAUUUACAUCCUCUUUGCUAUGUAUUUAAGUCCUUAUGCCGUGCCAUGCUUUGGUUGUUAAAACAGGUAUGUACCUAUAGAAUAUAUUUAAUAUUGGAUAAUAUAUUAUUAAUUAUUAUCAAUUCUUGUACUACCAAAAUAUGGCCUAAGCAUUACAGCUUGCAACAGAUUUAUUGAGGGAUAUAAUUUAUUUUGAGUCAGACCAUAGAUAAUUUAUAUUUAUUGAGGUUCUCUAGUUGUAACUUUUGCCUAAUUAGUAAAUAAUACAUUUUCACGAAAUUGAUACCAUAUCGCACAAGAGACACACGUACCUGCAUUAAUCCCGUUAAACUGAUAAAUCGAGUAAUAAAACAAUUGUGUAUUUCACAAAAUCUUAGUUUUGUUUCAAUACUAUGUACCUAAUUGUUUAGUUUAACUUAAAGGGCCCUCCGUUACGUACUGGCGCUCUAUUGAACAAAUAAACUAUUUCGUGUAUUAAUUAAGUACCUAAGUAUAUACCUUAUAAAAGGAUAAACGUAUAUAUUCUAUGUAAGCAAGUUUGCAAGCGCGCGCAUUCCCAACAUACUACGAAGUAUUAACGUUAAUUUUUUAAACUAUAAUAUUGUACGCAAAGCAUUUUGAACCAUUGUUACAUCGACACACGACGAAUUAUUAAAUAUUUUUGACAAUAGAUUUUUAGUACCUAGUAAUAGGUUUCUAUUUUUAUAUCUAAUUAUUAUUUAAUCUCCACGCUGUAUAUUAAUUAUCUGCUAAGAGAUUUUUCAAUUUCAUAUAGAUCUUGUUAUAUUAAGUUUCUUCCUUUGAUAUUUUCUACCUCAUUGUCUCUUCCAAUUUAUUUUUAGCCAUUGUCAUCUUGCUGUUUAGACAGCCGAUAAAAACAGGCCAGGAAUACUAGUUUAGUGUGCGUGACAAGCUACGUCUUACACUCGCGAUUUGUAUGACACUUUGUGUUAGUGUGCGUGAAUUAGAGGUUAUUGUAUCAAUUUUUUCGACGUUUUCACAGCUGUCAUAGUCUAUCUAGACGUAUAACUGAUCUAAGAUUGUAAGUUUAUCAUCGCGUUUUCUUUGUAUCAUGCCAAUUUAUCUAGUUAGCAAAUUAUAUUUUAUUUAUGAGAUGUAAAUUAACAUAUUUGUAAAUAUUCAACAUUGUUUCAGAUUUAUAACACACUGUAUGUAAAAUAAGUUGAUAUGUGUAUAGAGUCACGAGAUUUGAAUUUUAACUGCCGCUUACCCUUUUCCAACGUCGACGUAAUGCCACAAUACGUAUGUCCCAACUUUUAAUUAAUUAAUUAAUUUUAUAUGACCCAACACUGUAGGGUUGUAAAUAUUGUAAUUAUCUGCACUAUUAUAAAGUGGGUUAUUAUUAAAUUAUUAUGCUGGAGAACUUAGAUAAUUUAUAAGUCUAGUUUGUGCCUUUGCUGUUAGACAACAGGCCAGGUUUUUUACUUUAAUAAGUAUACAUGACAGCUACGUCUGACACUAACGAUAAGUCAGACACUUUGUUAGCCUAGCAGCUAUUCUUUUCGACAUUUAUACAGCUGUCACAAUCAAUUUUUUUUUAUGACAAUAAGGGAUGAGACCAGCAGGAAGUUUAGCUGACGGUAGUUGUAACGCUCUGCCCAUUACAAUGCAGUGCUGCUCAGGAUUCUUGAAAAACCUACAAAUUCUGAGAGGCACCACAACUGCGCUCGUUACUUUGAGACAUAAACUGUUAAGUCUCAUUUGCCCAGUAAUUUCACUAGCUAUGGCGCCCUUCAGACAUAAUAGUAAUGCUCACACAUUACUGCUUCACGGCUGAAAUAGGCGCCGUUGUAGUACCCAUAAUCUAGCCGGCAUCCGGUGCAAAGAGCCUCCCACGGUCUAUCUAGACGUAUAAAUUAUCUAAGAUACAGAAGAAAAGGAUUAUCCAAGGGAAGAGUUAAAUACAUUGACCAGUUGACAGCUGUCAUAUUUUUUUAUUUGUUACUCUACAGUGACAACGCCGGCCAAUAGUACAAAAAGCAUUCAGUCACAUUCUGCCAUACGAUCGUUGCAGGAUAGUCAUUUUAUAAAAAAAAAUGUAAUAUUUUUGACAACUAAGUAGUUUAGACCGUACUCUGUAAAGUAAGGGACAUACUAUACUGCUACCUGCUGGAUCCAUUAAAACUUCCCUUCGAGCACUUAUAAGUGCUGGUAGAAACAUCCACAUUUGAAAAUAUUCAAUAUAAUAAUAUGUACUGUUUAAAUUAGAAUAAUGUUUUUCUGUCUAGGCCCCAACGUGUAAAUAUAAACAAAAAUUAAAAAUGCAAUAAGUACCUAUAGAUCUAUUUGACAUUGCUUUUAUUAUAUGUAUCGUAGAUUAGUUCUUGGACAAUAUUAUAUCUUAACUAGUAAAUUAGGAGCGUGGUAGUAAGUCAAUGGAAUCGAAGUUUCGAGAAAACUACCAAUAUAAGAAUAAUAUAUCUUACUUUGGAUGUCUGCUGCCAAUCGUUACUGGUCCUGUACAUUGUAGCGGGCCAUUUCAGUUACCAACACAAGUGAACAUCUUACCCUCACCACUUGUAUUCCUAAAGAAUUCAUACUCUGUGUCAUUAGUCAUCUGUUGUGGUAGUCCCCUAGCUGUUGUGUCAAAGGUUGGUACUCCAUAUAACUCUCGAUUGUCUUAGAGACUCGUCUCCCUAAACUGUUGACAUCUUGCCGUUAUAGUUUAAGGAAAAAACAGUUCAGUUAAAUAGCUAUCGCAAUUUAUUAAAAUUCAUAUAUUUUUAUCUAAAGAUUUAUUGAACGUCGGAACCUACCACCCUAUCGAAAAACCUAUGCCUGAGAAGAACGGGCGCAAGAAACUUGCCGAGCUUCUAUGCAAAUUUAUCUCCAUUCUUUAUUAUUCGCCAUGGGCAAAGAUGGCUAUAAUAAGUAUAUUAUGCAUCAUGGAUAAAUUAUACACCCCAUCCUUAUAUUAAAAACCAUGUUUUAUAUGAUAUUGAUUAUAUUUUAUGAUCUCAUGUAGAUUUGAUAAAUAACGUUUAAAUACUUAGAAUCACAUCGCAUGAAAUAAAUAUUCAAUUAUAAUGUCAAUUCACUAACAAUGUUCUAUAAUUGUGUGCCUACCCUAAUGUUAUAUAAUAGCUCUAAAACUGACGUCAUAAUAUGACAGUAUUUAAAUAUUAUUAACUUUAACUGUCACAUUGACAAAUAAAUUUCCGGUUAAGUUGCCACGGCUAGUGUAAGAUCCGUAUUCUAGAUGGCGUCUCUAUACUCACUAUACAGGAUGUCCCAAAGUUAUGGGGACGUGAAGGGAAAGUACCUUAAAUAUCGAAGAUAGGAGAAGAGUUAUUAGUUUUUGGCCAUUCUUUCGAUUGGCAUCAUAAAAGUAGGGGUGGUUUUUUUACAUUUAAGUCGGUUCGAUUCCCAGACGAGGCAAGUAAUUUUUAGAAAAUCUUUGAAUGCAGAAUUACUAACUUUUAAAAAUAACAUAAAGACUUCUUUCAGUAAAAUAGCCUAUCUUCGAUAUUUAAGGUACUUUCCCUUCAUGUCCCAUAACUUUGGGACAGCCUGUAUAUUAAAUAUACGGGACGUAGACGCAUAAAUGAGACAACAAUCGUUCAUAGAAUAUUCUGGAAGACGAAAUAUUUUUCAUAAUAUUGUGGGUCUUGGCGGUAUCUUACUCCUACCAGGAAUCUUUCUAGGCUAGGCCCCCACUCAUAUUAUUAUUGUAUAGUUAAUUUUGUAUCUUUAAACAUCACUAGGUAAGUACUCUCUAUUUAUGCCGUUACUAGCUCACUCAAAGUGACUCUAUAUAUCCAAAUAACAUCAUAUCCAAACUUAAAAAAGAUGGAAGUCGUAUUACAGGUAAGUCUAACUGCCUAAUAUUUCAAUUGCUAAAACAAAAUGUUCUUGCCUCGUGUUCGCGGCCAUCUCGCCCGUGACGUAGUAUUUCUAUUUCUAAUGAGGGUAUACAAUAGACUUUGAACAUUACUGCGACGAAAUAAGGUGUUAACUUGAAUGAAGGUUUUAUUUUUAUCGGUAUAAGUUAAUGUGGACGCAUAUACAACGCUGCUCGGACAUUUUUUGACGACCUUCUAAUAGGCGAUUGUGAGUCUAGUUGGUUAUCAAUAUUGAUUGUAGAUUGUUAUUGUUUUUACAAAACGUAGUACGGACGCGAAGUAUGUACGAGCUAUGUAGGGUCUUACCAAAAAAUACAUAAUUACUUACUCAAUUUUAUUUUACUUAUUUUGGCUGUAAGCAAACAUCAAGGUAAAGCUAAGAUAUGACCCAAUUUCAUCUAACAUUAAGAAUUUAAUUACUCAAACAUUAUACUUCAGACUCGCAUUACGUGUCUGUGUGCUUUAGUCAACACAGAUAUUUAGGUUAUAAACGAAAGCAUAAUAAUUUGUGUAGGUAGGUACCUAAUAAUGGGUUUCAAUAUGCUUUCUGAAAUGUGAUUAGGUUGUACCUGUUAAUACUAAUUCACGCGCUUUGUAAUAUCUUCUAUAAAUAAGAGCUAGUGUACCAAUUAGUGUAGAAAUAUCCAUGAUUAUGUAAUAUAGGUCUAACUGGAGUGAUCCAUUAAAUAAUAUUGCCAUAUUACUAGGGCUGCCUAAAUCAUAUAUUUGCAUCUAGUAACAAAUCUUUUUUACCACUUCUAAUAUAUUAGAACUGUAAUAAUAGAAUUAUUAUAUACCCAGAUUUAAUUAUUAAUUCUGUAAUAAUUCUAUUAUUAAGUAUAAAUGAAAUAUCUAUCUCUUUUAUAUAUACCUUGGUUUUUCUGAAUAUUUGCAAGGAUUUUAAGCUGCCUGAUAUUUCAACUGUGUUUGAAACGUUAUAAUGAUCAAUGGCCGACAUAAAGGAGAAGUCAUUAGAGAGCAUACUAGCAAAACUCUCUAAAAGAACCGAUUCACUCGAUUGUAUGAAACAUACAGUCAUUGAGAGAUUGACAGGUGACGGCUAUAAUCUUGUAAAAAAAAGGAGAUGAGCAACUGUUCGCUUUCAAACUUAGCCGGAUUAUACGUUGUGACCAAUCGCAAUACUGUCAUUACUAAUAUUUCAAACUUAUGUCAAAUGACUGCAUGUUUCAUACUAAACCAAAUUUUUACUUAGGCAGUCCCAUCUCUUAUAACGUAGUAUUUACAUCCUCGUUUACAAACGUUUGAAAUGAAACCGCUAGUAGUAACAUUAAUAGAGAUAUUAAUCGAUGCAGCGUUAUUAUAUCCGCUAACACUACCAACUACUCGUUACUUAAUCGCUUCAUGAUAUAAAUGACGUUUGUAUCAUCAUCGAAAUAACAGAAAACUCAAAGAUUAGAUGGUAGAGCUCUUUCGGUAGGAUUUGCAAAAAAGACUAAGCCAUAUUUUAUUUUAUUUUCCUCACUUAAGUUUACUUUUAAGAUAAAAUAAGUGUUCACAGAACCCGAAGGUCUGUGAUGCAUAAGUGUAGUGAUCACGGCCUCCAAUACCAAUCCGUUGAAACACUAGAGGAAAGCCGGCAUUUAUUGUUUAAUACAUCGAUGAUAUAAGCGACUUUACUAUUUAUAUAAUAUCUAGUAGACACAGCCCUAGUUGUGUUUGAGUCAUGAGUUGAUACAUGAGUCAGUAGAAAUUGUACAAAUAAUAUUUAUACAUUUGUUUAGAGAAUGUAACUUUUUCAAAUCUUUAUAAUAAUAUUAUAACAAAUUUAUUUUUUAUCUGUUGUAGCUCUUAAUCUAUUAUGGUGACAGUUGUGUUGCCCACGUUGAAUGUAGAAUUUCACUCUUUACGUGUUCGUAGAUCACAACGCCUGUUUGAAUAAUAUUAUGUGGAAAUUGUUAUUUAUAACUGUAAGAUGAUGUUAAAUAAAUUAUCCAUAUUGAAAA